UUUUCAUUCUUAAACCCAAAAUUUACAUUGCUUUGAUCCUGUACAUUUGACGAAAAUCUAUGAGCUUCAGCCAAGUGACUGCACAUCCAAAAAUACAUGAGAAUUUUCUUCACAUCCAGAGUAUUUGAAGUAGACAAGAUUUGGAGCAUUAAUCACAAUCUCAAAACUGCGAUGAUUUCUCCAGUUUCCAGAUUCUAUUGUCAGCCUCUUGAGUAUAGAAUUAGAAGGAAAUUUACCUUUACCACCUCCCAUAUAACUUCUGAUAACCAGAUCCUCAAGAACAGGGCAGUUGGAAAACAGCCUUUCAGCAGAAUCAUCACUGGAAAAGCACAUAGAAUUGUCGAGGUCAAGAAUCUUCAAUCUUGGGAGCCAAACUUUGGCAUGGACUUGGAAACCAGAUGCAGAAAAAUAAUUUCUCAAUCUCAGAGCUACCAAUGUUGUCUAAGUAGAUAAACUACUUGGCAGCAGGAGCUGAUAGAGCCUGUAAGUCAGGUAAAUCUCCCGAAUACCAAAGCCCAAUUGCAGCACAAAUCCUCCUUUCAAGGCGGGAAGGGUCAAGAUUAGUAGGAUAACGAAUGUCCAUGAGACAAAAUUUGUGUAAAGGUGAUCUGCCACGGCAAAUGAACAGUCUAUCCAGAA